CUUCGGAUCCACUAUUCGGUCUAUUUACAAUUUUACAGACAUAAACACACACUCUCUCACACAUACAAACACGCACAAAGUCAAAAACUUGAAAGCUGGUGAAAAGAGAUGGCGACUAGAACCAGGUUGCUUGUGGUCGUACUUCUCUGGAUUCUGGUUCUAUUCGGAACCCUAGCUCUCAUUGUGAGUCGAUUAGGCGAUACCGGAGUCUCAACGGAGAAGAAGGUCUUCAGUGGCGAGCUCAAGGAUGAGGCGAAGGCAUUGGAGGAGGGUUUAGAAGAAGUGACGCACAAAGUUUACUUUGAUGUCGAGAUUGGUGGAAAAUCUACUGGUCGCAUUGUCAUGGGACUCUUUGGAAAAACAGUUCCAAAGACAGCAGAAAACUUUCGAGCUCUUUGCACGGGGGAGAAAGGAGUUGGAAAGAGUGGGAAGGCCCUCCACUACAAAGGGAGCACAUUCCAUAGGAUCAUACCCAGCUUUAUGAUCCAGGGAGGUGAUUUUACUCGCGGAGAUGGGCGCGGUGGAGAGUCAAUCUAUGGUGAUAAGUUUGCCGAUGAGAACUUUGAACUGAAGCACACUGAUCCAGGAGUUCUCUCGAUGGCAAAUAGCGGGCCAGACACCAACGGGUCACAAUUCUUCAUCACAACCGUAACAACUAGCUGGUUGGAUGGGCGUCAUGUUGUGUUCGGCAAAGUGCUGCAUGGGAUGGAUGUCAUCCACAAGAUUGAAGCUGAAGGGAAACAGAGUGGGGAUCCGAAAAGCAAAGUUGUCAUUUUAGACAGUGGUGAACUACCUUUGUGAUCACCCUCUUUAUAUUCAAAGAUAUACAAAUAUGUAAUCACGGACAAAUGGGGAGAGAUUGUUUUAUACCAUUCUAUUUUUGUAUCUUAGUUUAAAAGCAGUCUUAUUCACUGAAUUAUAAGUUGCUUAAUAUAGGGUUUGCUAUGUUUAUUUUA